UUUCACAAGUUCCACUUCGACAUAACUUCAUGGGAAACACUAAGUUCAUUCUGGCUCUUAUGGUGGUGGUGUUGCUGCCUAAUUUUGGGGUUUCAUUCUCUAUGAAAUCAACAACCAACAUCAGUACAGACCGAUUGGCUCUUCUUGCACUGAAAGCCCGUGUCAACAGUGAUCUUCUAGCCACCAACUGGUCAACUGCUACCACUAUUUGCAAUUGGGUUGGUGUCACUUGUGGAUCUCGACACCACAGAGUCAUUGCUUUGGAUCUAUUUGGCAUGAAUCUCUAUGGAACCAUACCACCAGACAUGGGAAAUCUGUCUUUCGUUGCUUUCCUUGGCAUUGGAAACAACAGUUUUCAUGGUUCGUUGCCCAUCGAGUUGGCUAAUUUGUGCCGGUUGAAAUCUCUACUGUUGAGAAACAACAAUUUCAACGGAGAAAUCCCAUCUUGGUUUGGUUUCUUCUCUAAACUUCAAAACUUGAGUUUGGCCGGUAAUAACUUCGUGGGAGAUAUCUCAUCUUCUUUGUGCUCUUUGUCAAAACUAGAGUUAUUGAGCUUGUAUAACAACAAUCUGCAAGGACGUAUCCCUGUGGAAAUCGGAAAUCUUUCUAGCUUGAGAUUUUUAUAUUUGGGCGGCAAUCAGCUUUCAGGCUCCAUACCUUCCUCGGUCUUCAGCAUAUCUUCAUUGCAACGGAUUGCUCUUAGCGACAACCAGCUAAUUGGUUCCAUCCCGCUCAACAUGUCUUUCAAAUGUCAAAAGUUGGAAAUAUUAUCCUUAUCUUACAAUGAUUUGGAGGGAACUAUACUAAAAGAAAUUGGGAAUUUGGCUAUGCUUAAAAUUCUCUAUCUUGGUCGGAACAACCUUAAAGGUAAAAGAAAAUUAAUUGUUUUACCUGUUUUUCGGCUUAUGAUAUCAUGUGACAUUCCACAACAAAUUGGCAACCUAACACUUUUGGAAGAACUUGCUUUUGGCGAAAAUAACUUGACAGGCAACCUACCAAAUUUGGUACUUUUGAAUUUGGGAUUGAACAGUAUCUCCGGACAUAUCCCUCCUGGUAUCUUUAAUAGCUCAACUGUGACGCUCAUUGACCUCAAUUCAAACCAUCUCUCAGGUUGUCUUCCAUGGAGCACAGGACUAUGGCUUCCAAAGCUUGAACGGCUUCUACUUGAUAUAAAUGAGUUGAACGGAACAAUACCUACCUCCAUCUCCAAUGCCUCUAAGCUAACAACGCUUGACUUGUCAGUGAAUUCAUUUUCUGGAUAUAUUCCUGUUGAUCUCGGCAAUCUAAGAGAUCUAGAAUGCCUCAAACUACAUUCUAAUAAUUUAGCUAGCACACUUUCAUCCCCAAAAUUGAGCUUUCUCUCAUCUGUAGCAUAUUGCAAAGACUUGAGAGUCUUGGAUUUUAGUUAUAAUCCAUUGAUCGAUGCUGAACUUCCUAUUUCUAUAGGAAAUCUUUCUAUUGCGCUACAAUAUUUCUAUUCUAGGGGCUGCAACAUUGGAGGCAACAUUCCGGAAGAGAUUAGCAACCUAAGCAACUUGAUCACCUUGUCCAUAGGUAACAAUCAACUGAUUGGAUCUAUUCCCACCACAAUAGGAAGAUUAGAAAAGUUACAAGGUCUUUCUCUUGAAGGCAAUAAGUUAGAAGGAUUUAUUCCAUCUGACUUAUGCCGUCUGAAGAGUGUGGGUUUCUUGGAUCUCACAGAGAACAGAUUGGUUGGACCAAUACCAGCAUGCUUGGGUGAUCUCGUUUCUCUUAGAGUGGGGCUCUCCCAAAUCGACAUUGGAAAGUGGAAAGUUGUUAUUCAUAUUGAUUUUUCCAACAAUCAAUUAUCAAGUGAAAUUCCGAGUAGCAUUAGUGCUCUUGAAGACCUAGCUUAUCUUUCUUUAUCCCGUAACAAAUUGUAUGGGUCUAUACCUGAGUUAUUUGGUGGGCUGAUAGGAUUGGAAUUCUUGGAUCUAUCAAGGAAUAAUUUUUCUGGAAUUAUUCCAAAGUCCUUGCAAAAACUCUUGUAUCUCAAGUAUUUGAAUGUCUCAUUCAAUAGAUUGCACGGAGAAAUUCCUAAUGAAGGACCCUUUGCCAACUGCUCAAUUCAAUCAUUUGUGGGGAACGAAGCACUAUGUGGUGCGUCUCGACUGCAACUCCCACCAUGCACAAGUAAUUCUGCUCAACAUUCAAGGAAAGCUACUAAGCUUAUAGAAUUUAUUCUAUUACUAGUUAGCUCAACGCUAUUAAUUCUAGCCUUAAUUGUCUUUCUCUUCCAAAGUGGAAGAAAGCAUUCAAAGCAACAAAUUGAUCGAGAAAAUUCCAUUGGUUUAGCAAAGUGGAGAAGAAUUUCAUACCAAGAGCUUCAUCAAGCCACAAAUGGUUUUUGUGAAAGCAAACUACUUGGUGUGGGGAGUUUUGGCUCAGUAUACCAAGGUGCUCUUUCAAAUGGAUUGAACAUUGCCAUAAAAGUCUUUAAUUUGGAGGUAAAAGGAUCAUUUAAGAGCUUUGACAUUGAGUGUGAAGUCUUGCGCAACAUUCGCCACCGGAAUCUAGUCAAAAUCAUCAGUAGUUGCUGCAAUGUUGAUUUUAAAGCCUUGGUACUUGAGUUCAUGCCUAACGGAAGCCUUGAGAAGUGGUUGUAUUCUCAUAACUACUUUCUUGAUAUCUUGCAUAGGUUGAACAUUAUGAUUGAUGUGGCCUCCACAUUAGAAUACCUCCAUCAUGGUCAAAUAAUUCCUGUGGCCCAUUGUGAUUUAAAACCCAACAAUGUUCUGUUAGAUGAAGAUAUGGUUGCACAUUUGGGUGAUUUUGGCAUUGCAAAGCUGUUAGCUGAAGAAGAUUCAACGGUACAAACCAUAACACUAGCAACAAUUGGGUAUAUGGCACCAGAAUACGGAACACAAGGAGUUGUUUCCAUAAAAGGUGAUGUGUAUAGUUUUGGUAUUCUUCUAAUUGAAACCUUAAUAAGAAAAAAACCCACAGGUGAAAUGUUUGUUGGAGAAAUGAGCUUAAAACAUUGGGUGACUAAGUCAUUACCAUCUACAUUAACUCAAGUUGUAGAUGCCAAUUUGCUAAGCAGUACCAACGAGCAAGAACAUUUUGCAAUAAAAGAUUGUGCAUUGUCUAUUUUGCAAUUGGCGUUAGAAUGUUCAGAAGAGUUGCCAGAAGAGAGGAUUGACAUGAAAAAUGUUGUUGCUCAAUUAAAGAAGAUCAAAAUCAAGUUUUUGAAGGAUUCUAAAAGGCGGGCUUGA